AUGGCAGGCAACUCGCCGCCGUCCCCGACGCCGUCACAGCUGCCUCCGGUGCCGGCUAGCCCAACAUACUCUUACGCCUCAACCGCGAACCCCAUGUCGCAAUACAACCUACCGCUACCGCCGCCCCCGCGGCCCGCGCAUGCCGUGCUCACCAAGGCCGACCUCGAGUCCUCGCAAACCGCCUACGCCGACGUGCUGACGACAGCCAAGGCCUACCGGCUCGCGCUCGCGUCGCUCUCGACGGCCGCGUCCGCGUUCGGGUCCGCGCUCGAGUCGUGCGCGCGGCUCAAGGAGGCGCGCGCCGACGCCCUCGGCCCUGCCGCCGGUGCGUCGCUCAGCAACAGCUUCAACACCAAGGGCACGUGCACCGCCGACGCGCUGCUGACGGUGGCCGGGCUGCAGCACCUGGUCGCGAACCACCAGCAGAUACUUUCCGAGACGGUCUACCGCUCCUUCGAGGUGCCGCUGUUGCACGAGCUGGACAAGUGGCGCGCCGCCGUCGACGACGAGGAGGACGGCUACGCCCGCGCCGCCGCUGCCCAGAGCCGCGAGAUCCGCCGCCUCGAGAAGGAGGGCCUCAAGCUGCACCGCCAGCGCCGCCGCGACGUGGCAAAGUUCCGCAGCCACCUCGUCGAGCUCACCACCAAGCUCGACGGCCUGACCGUGCUGCACGGCGAACACGCCCGCACCCUGCUGCGCGAGAGCCAGGAGACGAGCGAGUGCAUUGUCGACGCCAGCUGCAGCCUGGUGCGCGCCGAGGUCGACAUCUUCGAGAGCCUGGCGCGCAAGGGCUGGACUGGCGGCGGGCUCGAGGACGUGCUGGAGAAGGGCGUCGAUGUUUUCGCGGCCGAAGACCACCAUACCAGUAUAGGGAGGGUCGGUGGUGGAAAGGGUAGUAGCGGCGGGUCUGGUGGAGAUGGCAGCGGCAGCGGCGGUGGCGGCAGCGGUGGUGUCGGGUCUGGUGACGGAAGUAAGUUGUUUAGCAUCUUGCCGCCCAAGAGCAUCCUCGCCGACUCCGGGUCCGAAACACUGCGGGUCGGGAACCACAACCGUACCGACAGCCUGCUCGUGGACGGGGAUCGCUACCAGAGCCUAGUCGGCGCCGUCGGCAGCGGUCCCGGCUCUAACCUACCGACACCUACGGGAGGCGGCGGCGGCCUGCGGGAGAGAGACCGCGACUCGGAUAGCGUGUUUUCCGAGUUCAACCGGCCCCGCGGCGUGCGGCCCUUCUCACCCCAUCCUCAGCCCCUGAGACUGAACCCCGAGAACCUCAUUGGGAGCCUCGACAACAGCGACUCCCCUUGGCUCAACGAAGGGCUGCGCAGCCUGUCAGGCGCGGAGGAGGACCAGGAGGAAGUCGGCGCCAGCCUAGAGACGCCGCGCCAGCGUAAGGACGGGAGCUGGAGCCUGGCAAGAUGA